AUGUUUCUGUUGUAUCUCACCCAUCUCUGUCCUAUCUGCUCCUCAGGUCAGCCUUUCAAACUGGACCCCAAAACAUCCCACAAGAAGCUGCGCCUUUCCAAUGACUGUCUGACCAUGGAGAAGGAUGAAAGCUCACUGAAGAAGAGUCACACUCCAGAACGCUUCAGCGGAACCGGAUCCUACGGUGCCGCUGGCAACGUCUUCAUCGACAGUGGCUGCCAUUAUUGGGAGGUUUUACUGGGAGCCUCCACAUGGUACGCUCUUGGUGUGGCUUAUAAGUCAGCACCCAAAAACGAAUGGAGCGGUAAAAACUCAUCGUCUUGGGUUUUCUCACGCUGCAACAACAAUUUCCUGGUGCGGCACAACAACAAGGAGUCGAUCGUGGAGGCGUCGCUACAGCUGCGCAGGGUCGGGGUGCUGCUGGACUACGACAACAACGCCCUGUCCUUCUACGACGCCAUGAACUCCCAGCACAUAUACACUUUUGACAUUUCCUUCCUGCUUCCAGUGGCUCCCACCUUCAUGAUCUGGAACAAGUCAUUGAUGAUCAUGUCAGGGCUGCCCGUGCCUGACUUCGUGGACUGUAGCGAGCAGCAAGAGAGCAUCUGCCGCCAACAGGAUGCGCCCUAUGUGUCUGGAGUGAAGAGCUGCCACUGAGGCAUCAUAGGAGUUAUUGCAGAAAGUUCCCUUGCCCUUCUUCUUUUCCUGGUUUUCAUAACUGGGCUGAAGUUGGAUCUUUAGUUGUUCCUGAUAGUUCUGAGUGUUUAGCGAGUGGAUUAAGAGCUCUCAGAUUUAAACAGCUGAAAUGGGGGAAAUUGUAAAUUAUUUAUGACUAAACAUUUGCUUUUUUGUCAGUUUUAAUGUAUCCCUAAAAGCACUUUUUAGAGUUGAAUUUGUUGUGAUUAAAAAAAAAGACUUGCUAACAUGAGACAGGGUUGGACUUCCUUUUGGACUGAAUAUAGUGGAUUAUGUUAGGAUGACAAUUUGGUGUUUCUAAUAAGGGUUACAUUUAUAAUCUGAUGGGUCUAUAACACACUUUUCAUAUUCAGGGAGAAAAGAUAAUUCUUUGGUUUAAAAUAUGUCUGAAGAUGAUGGCAUGAUAUGUAUUUCCUCUGUGAUUUGUUCUCACUCAGUUUCUCAGUUUCUGGUUUUGUUUUCAGUGAACAGCAUGAGGCACAAGUUCCGCAGGUGUUUUUAACAUGUAUCUUUAAUAGUUGAUAUAUAAUGCAUCACAAAACCCCAUCUGUGGAGGUGUUCGUCCAUUGACACUCAUUCAAACGCCAUCAAGAACUGAAUUUCUAGACUAUAGUCCAUAUUUAUCUGAUCCAUCCAUUCAAAAUUAUUUGAAAGAUUGACAAAACAUCCGUUUAACAUUCAAAUGUGCAUCCAAAGCAAAUCCAGUGUAGUAGUUUAAUUUUCUUAACGGCUGUAUCUUACACGAUCUUCCGCAGUGUGACGUUCAGGGCUAAAAUAAGGACGCCCAGUCUUGGGAUAAAGACAAUCACUUGUGCUAGUGCAGGCAAAGAAAAUAAAUAAAAUCAAGUGUGUAGCAAGAGAUCUUUGCGAUAGCAUGCUGAACCUGAGAUACUUCUCCAAAACGUGGUUUUGGUAGAUGGUAGAUGAUACAUUAAUGGUGUAGUAGAGCAAUAAUGAACUUUAUAAUGAUUUCUGGCCAAUUGCAUGAAGUUCUUGAGUCUCAAAACUAUUUCCACUUGAUCAUUUUGGUCUUUGAUCCAAUUUGUCUUGGUCUUGGGCAAUAAAUAUAUAUCUGAAUGCCAUAAUAAGACACUUUUUAGACUGAUGGAGCUUUUUUGGUGAGUUCUACACUGCUGAAAGUGCAACCAGUAUGGGUGAAGUGUGACACAGCAAUGUCAAAUGAUUGUCAGUGUGUUUCCUGUAUGAACACACCCUGAGAUGUCCACUACUGCACUGUCCCUCCAUCUCAGUUCAUUCAGUCACACUGUUGUCAGUUCUGUUGUCGCUGUCAAUGCAGCAGCCGCUGUCAUGUGUCUUGGUCUCACAUUCUGACAGUCUUGAGUGCAACUCUGCAUGCUAAAAAGAGCCAGCUGUAUUGCAGACCGUCUUUCCAUUGAUCAUUAGUGAUAUCCAUAGGCUAAUCUUGAGGAACUGUUUUGAGAUUUUCUCAUUUCAGGUCACUAUAUUCAUGCAUUUUCAGGCUUUUAAGAGGUAAAAGUGAGGAGCUUGAAAGCAGAACUCACGAGUCAAUCUCUGAUAUAGUUUGAUCUACAUGAUCUAUUUGUUCAAGUGCGAUUCACUGGGUUACUGCAUGACGAUCUGGCCCAGUUUGAAGUAUUUCCUGUGAUAUUCUCUACUGUUUUAUAUAAACAUUUUUUAUGAGAAACGUCCAGGAAAGAUAUUAUGGCAUAUCAGGUUUCCAGUUAGCUGUGCUUUUCUUUGCAUUUAAGACUGAUGAACUAAUUGCAUUUCUGUUUUCAAACAAUUGUUUUUACAUUUCUGAACAAAAAAAAAUGAAAGAACCUUUAGUCUCUUAGUCUUUAUUAUGUGCUCAAGCAGCUGUGUGUUCAUCAGCAUAAUGCUUCUGUUUCAAUAGAUAUAACUUGGCAAAAAAGAAUGUAAAUCAUAGGAGGAAAUAUAUAUUAUAUAAAAAAUUUAUAAUAUACAAAAAAAGUAUAUAUAUGAGCUAUUGUUAUUUAUGUGAGUCCAAAUAAAAGUCUGA